GGAGCGGAAGAACCGGCAGCUGCUGGGCCGCUAGCCAGCCAUGGGGUUAUCAGAAGCGUCGGGACCGAGGGACACACAGGCACUGCUGUCUGCAACGCAGGCAAUGGAGCUGCCGAGACGAGACUACCAUGUGGAGCGGCCGCUGCUGAACCAGGAGCAGCUGGAGGAGCUGGGGCACCGGGGCUCAGUGCCUCCGACCCACCAGUGGCGGAGCUGGUUUCAGUGCUCCCAAGCUCGGGCCCGCGCCGUACUGUUCCAAUACCUCCCAAUUUUGGCCUGGCUACCCCGAUACCGUGUGCGUGACUGGCUCCUGGGUGACCUGCUAUCUGGCCUGAGUGUGGCCAUCAUGCAGUUACCACAGGGCCUGGCCUAUGCCCUCCUGGCUGGACUGCCUCCUGUGUUCGGCCUCUACAGCUCCUUCUACCCAGUCUUCAUCUACUUCCUGUUCGGCACUUCCCGGCACAUCUCUGUGGGGACCUUUGCUGUCAUGUCUGUGAUGGUGGGCAGUGUGACAGAAUCCUUGGCCCCAGAUGAGGCCUUCUUUCAGGACUCAAACACCACAGUCAACGAGGCGGCCAGAGACGCUGCCCGAGUGCAGCUGGCCUCCACACUCAGUGUCCUAGUCGGCCUCUUCCAGGUGGGGCUGGGCCUGGUCCACUUCGGCUUUGUGGUCACCUACCUGUCAGAACCUCUGGUACGUGGCUAUACCACGGCUGCGUCUGUGCAGGUCUUUAUAUCGCAGCUCAAGUAUGUGUUUGGCCUUCAGCUGAGCAGCCGCUCUGGGCCACUGUCCCUCAUCUAUACAGUACUGGAGGUCUGCUGGAAGCUGCCCCAGAGUGUGGUUGGCACCGUCAUCACUGCGGUUGUGGCGGCUGUGGUACUUGUGGCGUUGAAGCUGUUGAAUGACAAGCUGCGGCGGUACCUGCCCCUACCACUGCCUGGGGAACUGCUCACGCUCAUAGGAGCCACAGGCAUCUCUUAUGGUGUGGACCUGAAGCAGAGAUUUGGGGUGGAUGUUGUGGGCGUCAUCCCUACAGGAUUGGUGCCCCCAGUGGCUCCCAGCCUUGAGCUGUUCGCAAAGCUUGUGGGAAAUGCCUUCGCCAUUGCUGUGGUUGGGUUCGCCAUUGCCAUCUCGCUGGGGAAGAUCUUCGCCCUGAGGCAUGGCUACCGGGUGGACAGCAGCCAGGAGCUGGUGGCCCUUGGGCUCAGUAACCUCAUCGGGGGCAUCUUCCAGUGUUUCCCCAUCAGCUGCUCCAUGUCUCGGACUCUGGUACAGGAGACCACUGGGGGAAACACGCAGGUGGCCGGAGCUGUCUCCUCCCUCUUCAUCCUCAUCAUCAUUGUCAAACUUGGGGAACUCUUCCAAGACCUGCCCAAGGCAGUCCUGGCAGCCGUCGUUAUUGUGAACUUGAAGGGCAUGAUGAUGCAGUUCAAGGACCUAUGCUCCCUCUGGAAGGCAAAUCGAGUGGAUCUGCUGAUCUGGCUGGUGACCUUUGUGGCCACUAUCCUGCUGAACCUGGACAUUGGCCUGGCAGUUGCGGUGGUCUUCUCCUUGCUGCUCGUGGUGGUCCGCACACAGCUACCCCACUACUCUGUCUUGGGGCAGGUGCCAGACACAGAUGUUUACAGAGAUGUGGCAGAGUACUCAGAGGCUAGGGAGGUCCCUGGCGUGAAGAUCUUCCGCUCCUCGGUCACCAUGUACUUUGCCAAUGCUGAGCUCUACAGUGACACGCUGAAGCAGAGGUGUGGUGUGGAUGUUGACCACCUCAUCUCCCGGAAGAAGAAGCUGCUCAGGAAGCGGGAGCUAAAGCUGAAGCGACUGCAGAAGAAGCAGCCUCAGAAACAGGCUGCCUCCUUCAAGGGCACCUCAUUCUCUGUCAAUGUCAACGCUGGCCUUGGAGAUACUGAGAUCAACAAUGUGGAGGACCCCAAGGUCAUGCAGGAGAGUACAGAGGAUGAGCUGGAUAGUACAGAGGCCAGCAAUCAAGAAGAUGCCAAGGCCCCAGACGUGUCCAUACUGAAGGCCCUGGGCCUGCCUCAGCCAGACUUCCACAGCCUCAUCCUGGACCUGAGUGCCCUUUCCUUUGUGGACACUGUGUGCCUCAAGAGCCUGAAGAAUAUUUUCCAUGACUUCCGGGAGAUCGAGGUGGAGGUGUACAUGGCCGCCUGCCACGCCCCUGUGAUCACCCAGCUUGAGGUCGGGAACUUCUUUGAUGCAUCUGUCACUAAGCAGCAUCUCUUUGCCACUGUCCAUGAUGCUGUUGUCUUUGCCAUCCAACAUCCGAGGUCCCGCUCCGUCGAUCCUGCUUUGGUCACCAAGCUCUAACUGUGCUGCUGCCUCGCCUGAGACUGCCCACCUCUGGAGGGUGUGACGGAGAGCCCUUGAAAUGCCCCCACCCGUAGGUCGCCUCCAGGUGCCACCCAGGAGUCCCCUCCGUGCACGCACACACACACUCAGGGAUGGAGGUCCUGGGAUUCCAAGUUCAGUGUUCCAGGCCUGGGAUGGGGUCCUGGAGGCAGGCUGGCACUCUCCUGGGGCGGGGGGAGGGGCCGAUGCGUGUGU